GACUAUAUAAUGAGAAGGGAAUGAAGUUAGGACUUUGGAUAGAAUUACUACAUCAUUUUAAUAAGUAAAAAUAAAAUAUAAAUAUUAAGAAUAUUUUAUAUUGUAUAAAUUGGUGAGUAUUAUAAAGAAAAUAAAUGUGGCAAGUGGAAAAUUUUUUUGAAAGAUCAAAUAAUGUAUUUAAUAAGCUGAGUUAUUCUUAGAGGAGGAGGAAUAUAUAAUAAAUAAGGGGCAAAAUAAGGGAAAUGGAUUGAAUUACAUGAAAAGUUCCAUGAAUAUUGCUGGGUUACUUUAGUUGGAGAAUAUGAAAAUGGAAAGAAAAUUGGAUAAUGGGAUUUCAUAUAUUAAAAAAAAAUUAUGUAUUUUAUUUAAAUUUUGCAUAGCGCUGGGGGAAUAUAUUUAUAAAAUGGAUUAAAAAAUGGGAAUUGGAGAGAAUUAAGUACAAAAUUUAAUAAGUAAAUUUUAUUUGAAAAAAUAUUGAAGUUUUUGUCUUUUAUUAAAUGAAGGUUGUUAUUUAAAUGGAAAGAAAUUUUAAUAUUGGAAUAUUAUCUCAUACAACUCAUAUUAAAUUUUGUAGUUUAUUUUUUAAUAAUAUUUAAGAGGAGGUGGUUCUUACAAUUUAUAGGGGUAUAAAAACGGUAAGUGGAUAACUUUUAAUAAAAAUUAUUAUGUUGGGUUAUUCUCAUCAAAUUGUAUAUCUUAAGUAGGGGAAUACAAAUAAGGAAGAAAACAUAAUCAUUGGGAUAUAAUUAAUAAUGAAAAUGAGAAAAUGUUAGUAUAUUAUUAUAUGAUAGUGGAGGUGGAGAAUAUGAUCAUAAGGGUAUGAAAUUUGGUUAAUGGACUGAAUUGCAUCAAAACUUUUGGGAGUGAUUAUAAUAUAUCUAUUGUUUUGUAGUUUUUGUAAAGUGACGUUGAACGGAAAUUAUUAUAAUGGACAUAAGUUGGGCAAUUGGGAAGUAAAAUAUAAACCAUCACAAUUUGAAGAAAUAUAAAUCAUGUACUUCUAUAAGAUUUAUAAUAAAUAGAGGUGGAGGAAUGUAUAAUGAAAAUUAUUAAAAAAAUAAUAAGUGGAUUGAGUUGGAUGAAAAUUUUUCUAAGUAUUAAAAUUUUAAAUUUAGUCAAUGUGAAGUAAUUAAUUAAGGAAAUUAUUAGAAUGGAUUUAAAGUUGGAAAAUGGACUUUAAAAGAUAAAAAUAACUCUAUGUAAAAAAUUAAUUUUAAAGGACAACCAAAAGAGCAGGUGGGUUUUACAAUUAUAAAGCAAUCAAAUAAGGAAAAUGGAUUGAAUUAUCAAAGUAUUAUCGAAGGUAUUUUCAUUAUAAUAUAUAUCUCAGUUAUUUUCCUCUACUAUAUACCGGAAAUUAUUUAAAUGGAUAGAAAUCGAAUAAAUGGGAAAUAGUAUAUUAAAAAAGGAUUGUGUAAUAACUAAUUUUAACAUAUAUAAUUUAAGUGGAGGAGGAACAUAUUAAAACAAUAGUAUAAAAAGUGGAUAAUGGAUUGAAAUCUAAGAGAGUUUUAUCAAGUAUAGUUUUAAAAAAUUCAGUCAAUCCCUUCAAAUUGAAUAAGGAGGCUAUAACAAUGGAGAAAAAUAUGGGAUUUGGUAUAUCAUGAAAAAAAAUAAAAUAAUGUAACUUAUUGAUACUUAAAAAGGAUGAUUCAGAGGUUUCGAUUUUUACAUAAAGAGUGAG